AUGUUAUUUUGUAACUAUAUAUUUUUAUAUAUUUUAAAAACAAUAAUAGAAUAUAUUUAUAGUAAAUUUGAAAUUACUAUUUAUAUUCCAAUCAAACCCUUUACAAACAAUAACGAAGUAAUCCAAUAUGCAUUAGUUUCAAAAUAUUUCUUUAGUUUAGUAUCAAAAAUAUUAUCAAGUCAGUUAAGUUUCAAAAACUAUAUAAUGUUAAAAGGUUUAAUUGAAACUGCAGCGAAUAAAAGUAAUUUCAAAUUAAUUAAAAGAAAAGAUUCAAAGAUAUACUAUAGCUUAGUUCAAGAUUAUAUAAUGGAUUAUAAAACAGGCCGGUUUGGGGAAAAUGUUUUUAAUAAAGUUUUAAUCAGCUCUGGGUAUAAUAUAGAUUCAAUUAAUAUAUUAAGAUCAAUUAGCAUAUAUCCAUCUAAUUUUCGAUUUGACCUAUUAUGCUCUUUAUCGGAAUUUACAGAAAACUUCAAAUUUGUCAACUAUGAAAAAGAUUUAGAGAAAAUUAAAGUUCUAAAAACUACAGAUUGCAAUUCUUUAGUUCCGUUAUACAAUUUUCUAAAAAGAGUUGGCCUAAAGUCUAUUGUUUACACAGAUUUCUAUUGUGAAAAUGGUAUUUCUUUUUCGUUCGAAUUCAAAUCGACCCAAAACAAUAAGAUUACAAUUGACAAUAUAUUUUUUCCAAAAGAAUGCAUCUCGAACUCAUCCUCUUCGGUACUAUCAAAACUAGAUCAUUUUGUUCUCUCAAUAAAAGCUAAAAGACUCUUAAAAGUUUCAAAUUCCUAUUUUGAAGGUGAAAGUAAAAAGAAACUUUGGGAUCAUAUAAUAUCAUGUCUUUUAAACCAACCAACAUUAUGUGAAUUUGUUUAUAAUCAUGGGUGCAGGUCAGGUCUAUGCUUUUGUAAUCUUCAUGGGAUCGAAGUUCCAGAUAUCACUAAAGGUUGUAGAGCAAUACUUUCAAGUCCUUUAAACAGAAUUAAAACAUUUAUAAUAAAUAUAAAUGACGAAAUCGACAUCAAUUUAGUUGAGGGUAUCAAAGAAAAUAAAACCGUUUCAAAACUAGUUUUAACAGGUGCAUCAAGAGCAAAUACAAUCGCAAAUAUUUUAUUAAUAAAUAGAACCAUAAGACACUUGGUAUAUUACAACUCAGAAGAUUUUUUAAAUUUACUAUUAAUAUUAAAACAGCCAAGUUUUUCAAGCAUAGAGCUAUAUUCUAUUUCAAACAUAUUUGACAUCAAUUUAAAUUUAAAUUUAACUUUGGAUUUAAUUAAAUCAUACCACUAUUCAAUUAAUGAAUUUAAUCUCAUUCACUCAUAUGAUUUUUUAAAUAAUAAUAAAUCUUUAAAUUUUCAAAUAGUCAGCCAUCAUAAUACAAUUAUUAAUGUUUCUAGAAGCUAUCAAAAUUAA